AGAAAAAUAAAGUGAUUUAAUCACUUACUAUAUAUCACGUUACACUUAUAUGGUUGGUGAAUGCAAUAACUUAAUCAAUACCCACAAAAAUAGAAAAAGAUUAACAUUUGUCACAUAAAUCCAAUUCUCACCAACUCCCAUUUUUUUUUUCUCUAACAUAUAUUCAUGAUCAACCUGUCUCCAAUCUUCUCUGUUCAAAUCAAACACACAAACAAUGGCUCUGUUUCUCACAAUACCUCUUUCACUCAUCACAAUUUUCCUCUUCUACACACUCUUCCAAAGACUAAGAUUCAAGCUUCCACCCGGUCCACGCCCCUGGCCGGUAGUCGGAAACCUUUACGACAUAAAACCGGUCAGGUUCCGGUGUUUUGCUGAAUGGGCCCAAUCUUAUGGGCCCAUUAUAUCAGUUUGGUUUGGUUCGACUCUGAAUGUGAUUGUUUCAAAUUCAGAGUUGGCAAAAGAGGUUUUAAAGGAGAAGGAUCAACAGUUGGCUGACCGGCACAGAAGUCGGUCAGCCGCAAAGUUUAGCCGAGAUGGGCAGGAUUUAAUCUGGGCUGAUUAUGGACCACAUUAUGUGAAGGUAAGGAAGGUUUGUACGUUGGAGCUUUUUUCGCCUAAGAGGAUUGAGGCUUUGAGGCCUAUUAGAGAAGAUGAAGUUACUGCUAUGGUUGAAUCCAUUUUCAAUGACUCCACCAAUUCUGAAAAUUUAGGGAAAGGUAUAUUGAUGAGGAAGUACAUAGGGGCAGUUGCAUUCAACAACAUCACAAGGCUGGCAUUUGGGAAAAGAUUUGUGAACUCAGAAGGUGUAAUGGAUGAGCAAGGAGUGGAAUUCAAGGCUAUAGUGGCAAAUGGGUUAAAGCUAGGAGCAUCUCUUGCCAUGGCAGAGCAUAUUCCUUGGUUGAGGUGGAUGUUCCCAUUAGAAGAGGAGGCUUUUGCCAAGCACGGUGCUCGUCGGGACCGACUUACUCGAGCUAUCAUGGAUGAGCAUACUCAGGCACGUCAGAAAUCUGGUGGUGCCAAGCAACAUUUUGUAGAUGCUCUUCUCACUUUGCAAGAUAAAUAUGACCUUAGUGAAGACACCAUCAUUGGUCUACUUUGGGACAUGAUUACAGCUGGGAUGGACACAACUGCAAUAUCAGUUGAGUGGGCUAUGGCUGAGUUGAUAAAGAACCCAAGAGUGCAAAAGAAGGCACAAGAGGAGCUAGACAAGGUAAUUGGUUUUGAAAGGGUGAUGACUGAAACUGACUUCUCAAGCCUCCCUUAUCUACAAUCUGUAGCCAAAGAGGCUCUAAGGUUGCACCCCCCAACACCAUUAAUGCUCCCACAUCGCACUAAUGCCAAUGUCAAAAUCGGUGGCUAUGAUAUUCCCAAAGGAUCCAAUGUCCAUGUAAAUGUAUGGGCUGUCGCCCGUGAUCCAGCUGUGUGGAAAAACGCAACUGAGUUUAGACCCGAGAGGUUUCUUGAGGAGGACGUAGACAUGAAGGGCCAUGAUUUUAGACUACUGCCAUUUGGAGCAGGUCGUCGGGUAUGCCCGGGUGCACAACUUGGAAUUAAUAUGGUGACAUCCAUGUUGGGUCAUCUGUUGCACCAUUUCUGUUGGGCAGCACCUGAGGGAGUGAAUCCUGAGGAGAUUGACAUGACAGAGAACCCUGGAAUGGUUACAUAUAUGAGGACGCCCUUACAGGUUGUGGCUUCUCCUAGGCUUCCCUCAGAAUUGUACAAACGUGUGCCAGCUGAUAUCUAAUCUUUUUCUCAUACUGCAAUGUUGUUGUUAUUCACAUUGUUGAGUCAAUUUUCUUUUGGAAUACAAUUUAAGAAACUAUGUAAGACUCUUGACAAAUUUGACUUUGUUGUCCCCUUCAGAUUUUGGAUUUGAAGUUCCUGUAGUGUAAUGCAUAACUUUUCUUAAAAAUAUGUUGAAUGGUUGGAGCUCUAA